GUCACCACGCUUUGUGCGUCGAGCCCGCAAUGCCCUUCUCCCGUGCCCUUAGAUAGAGUGACGUAUUUCCUUUCAGAAAAGCCGCACUUCCGGUCCCUGGUAGCUGUGACAUUGAGGCGGGUGUGCGGUGUGAGAGCUUGAGUAUUUCCAGCCGGCAGUAUGGGAGACGACAUCCGCGAGAAGAUUGAGAACUACAAAACGGCUCCAUUUGACGCCCGGUUUCCAAAUCAAAAUCAGACCAAACACUGCGUCCAGAACUACCUGGAUUUUCAUCGAUGUGAGAAGUCUCUGAACGCUAAAGGCAAGGACCCCUACCCAUGUCAAUGGUACCGCCGUGUCUACAGCUCCAUGUGCCCCAACUCGUGGGUGGAGAAGUGGGACGAGCAGAGAGAAGCAGGGACCUACCCCGGUAAAAUAUAAAGCUGGACGUCUGUAGUGAAAUGGACUCUUCUUGCUCCCAUUAGUCUGGAAUAAUGUUGACUUGAAUUGGGAAAUGUCAGCUGGAGUCGUCCACGUGAACCUGAUGAUCUGUGCUGCUCGGCAAUGGGAAGAGAGCACCUAGUACAUUUAUUUCUAUGUCAAUAAAAAAAAAAAAGAAACCCGGA